AUGAAAAUAGAGGAGGUUAAAAGUACCACAAAAACCCAGAGGAUCGCUUCUCACAGUCACGUCAAAGGGCUUGGGCUGGACGAGGCCGGGAAUGCUAAACAGACAGCGUGCGGUCUGGUGGGGCAGGAGGCGGCCAGAGAGGCAUGUGGCAUUAUUGUGGAACUCAUCCGAUCUAAAAAGAUGGCAGGAAGGGCAGUUUUACUGGCAGGGCCACCUGGAACAGGAAAGACUGCCCUUGCCUUGGCCGUAGCUCAGGAGUUGGGAAACAAGGUUCCAUUCUGUCCCAUGGUCGGCAGUGAAGUCUACUCAUCAGAAAUUAAAAAAACAGAAGUACUGAUGGAAAAUUUCAGGAGAGCAAUUGGUCUGCGCAUCAAAGAAACUAAAGAGGUGUAUGAAGGGGAGGUGACAGAGCUGACCCCUUGUGAGACUGAGAAUCCAAUGGGUGGCUACGGGAAAACCAUCAGCCAUGUCAUCAUCGGUCUGAAGACAGGCAAAGGCACCAAGCAGCUCAAGCUUGAUCCCAGUAUUUAUGAGAGUCUCCAGAAGGAGCGUGUGGAAGUGGGGGACGUCAUCUACAUCGAAGCUAACAGUGGAGCUGUGAAGCGGCAAGGCCGAUGUGACACUUUUGCAACAGAGUUUGACCUUGAGGCGGAGGAGUACGUCCCACUCCCCAAAGGCGACGUCCACAAAAAGAAGGAGAUCGUACAAGACGUCACACUGCAUGACCUGGACGUAGCAAAUGCCCGACCGCAGGGUGGCCAGGACAUCCUUUCUAUGAUGGGACAACUGAUGAAGCCUAAGAAGACAGAAAUCACAGAUAAGCUGCGUGCAGAAAUCAACAAAGUGGUGAACCGUUACAUCGACCAGGGCACAGCUGAGCUCGUCCCCGGCGUGCUGUUCGUGGACGAGGUGCACAUGCUGGACAUAGAGUGCUUCACGUAUCUCCACCGAGCGCUGGAGAGCACCAUCGCACCCAUCGUCGUAUUUGCCUCCAACAGAGGGAACUGCCUGAUCAGGGGAACGGAGGACAUCAGCUCUCCACACGGGAUCCCGCUGGACCUACUGGACAGAGUCAUGAUAAUCCGCACCAUGCUCUACACACCGCAGGAGAUGAAGCAGAUCAUCAAGAUCCGUGCUCAGACUGAGGGGAUCAGCAUCAGCGAGGAGGCGCUGACACACUUGGCAGAGAUCGGAACCAAGACAACCCUCAGGUACGCUGUGCAGCUGCUGACUCCAGCCAGCCUGCUGGGCCGCGUUCAGGGAAAAGAAACGGUGGAGCGGGAGCAAGUGGAGGAGAUCAACGAGCUGUUCUACGACGCCAAGUCGUCAGCCAAAAUCCUUCAAGACCAGCAUCACAAGUUUAUGAAAUAACUGGAUUUCCUCUCUUUAUUGUUCGACUGCAGCACCUGAGAUGUUUUCAGCUGGUUGGUUCCUCUCAUUCUUCAUUUCUUGCCCUGUUUAAUCUCCACUGUAGCUCAGUCCAGUGUUCUUGCCUCGGCCUGAGGCUGUAAUAGCUCAGACAUUUUCUUUCAUUGUGUUUGAUAUUUUUUUGAAUAAAGAGGAAAAUACAAAUUG